UAUUCUCCGUACAGAACCCUAAUCCCCUUUUAGCUGCAUUAAAUUAAUUCAAUAAUUGCUUAAAGUAAGCUUGGAAAUCUUAUCAAUGCUAUGGAUUAUUGGAUUUGUAUGCAUUAUUAAACCGACAACCGAACCAAUAAGAUAUCGGGUUAAGUGGUACUAUGUUAACUUUUUUGUGUUUGAGUUUCUUGGAAUAUGCUUAAAAGUUUCUGUAGUGAGUUUGCAUCAAAAGGGCUGCCCAGUGCACUAAAGCUCAUGCUAUGUGCGGGUGUGUGGAAGGGCUGGAUCACAAGCGUGUAAUGUACGCAGCCUCACCUUAUAUUUCUGCAAUGGGUUGUUUCCACUCUUUGAAACCAUGAUCCUGAUCACAUAGCAACAACUUACCAAUUACUCCAAGGUGACAAAGCGAUGAAGUUUCUAUAAAUUGAUCUUAUACAUGGAGGAGAGCCAUGUAAUUUGCUAGCUUUAAUGGCUCUCUCAAACAGACAUGAGGAGGUGUUCUACUUUUGUUUUUCCUUAUCUUCGAUUCUCAAAUUCUGUGAUAAAACACACAGCAUUCUUUUCCUAUUCCUCUAAUUCUGCAAUUGAAAAGCUUUCCUUCCUUCCUUUAACUGCCGCGAGACCCUUUCCAGAUUAUUCGCCUAAAAAACCCUCCAUUAGAGACUCUGAACUUGUGCAGCACGUAUCGACUUCUAUUAAGCAACGCUACUCUGAGCACAUUCGGCGUGUUUUAAAGCCCUUUGAAUCAAAAAUCAGACCUGACCACAUCAUUUGGGUUCUCAUGACCGUAAAGAGUGAUUACAAACUAGUUCUUGAUUUCUUUGAUUGGUGGUGUCAACGGAGGGACCCAUCAAUUGAGGUCUGUUGUAUUAUUGUGCAUAUUGCUGUUUCUCAAAAAGAUGCAAGGUCAGCACAUAGGUUUAUUCAUGAGUUUUGGGCAAGACCCGGUGUAGAUGUGACAGUAUUCUUCUCCCAGUUUCUUGAAAAGUUAAUAUACACUUAUAAGGAUUGGGGUUCUAAUCCAUUUGCUUUCGAUAUUUUCUUCCAAGUGCUUGUAGAGUUGGGAAGUCUAGAUUAUGGAAGAAAACUUUUUGAUAAAAUGUUGCACUAUGGCUUAGUUCUAUCUGUCUCUUCGUGUAACUUAUUCCUUUCACGGCUCUCGCAUGAGAUUGAGGGGCACAAAAUGAUGUUAAAGGUCUUUAAUGAAUUUUCUGAAGUUGGUGUUUGCUGGGAUAACGAAUCUCAUAAUAUAGUGAUCCAUUCUUUUUGUCGGAUAGGGAAAGUUAAAGAAGCUCAUAACUUACUCCUGCAAAUGGAGCUGAGAGGCUGUAUGCCCGAUGUCGUAAGCUACAGCACUGUUAUUAAUGGAUACUGUGCGACUGGACAGUUUGAACCAGUGAUGAAGAUCAUUGAAGAAAUGCAAGCAAAAGGAUUGAUGCCAAAUGCAUUUACUUUUAACAGUAUAAUUCUUCUUUUGUCUAAGACAGGCAAAGUGCUUGAUGCCGAGAAAAUCUUGAGGGAGAUGACUUCCCAGGGGAUCACUCCUGAUAAUGUUGUUUACACAACUCUUAUAGAUGGCUUCUGCAAAACUGGAAACAUAACUGCUGCAUACAGACUGUUCAAUGAGAUGCAGUGUUUUAACAUUUACCCUGAUUUGGUAACAUAUACUGCCCUUAUUUGUGGUCUAUGUCAAACUGGAAAUAUUGCUGAAGCAGAUAAUUUGUUGAAUGAUAUGCUUGGCCGGGGGUUAGAACCUGACGAAUUCAUUUAUACAACACUUAUUGAUGGUUAUUGCAAGGCAGGUGAGAUAAGGGCAGCCUUUUCACUUCACAACAAAAUGGUUCAGAUGAAGUUGGUGCCAAAUAUUGUGACUUACAGUACACUGGUAGAUGGGCUCUGUAAACUAGGAGAACUUGAUACAGCAAACGAACUUCUCAGCGAGAUGUGUGGAAAAGGCCUUGAACUGAAUAUCUACACAUAUAACUCACUUGUUAAUGGUCUUUGUAAAGCUGGAAAUGUAAAGCAAGCGGUAAAGUUGAUGGAAGAUAUGGAGGCUUCAGGGAUCCACCCUGAUACUUAUACUUAUACUACUAUAAUGGAUUCUUACUGCAAAUGUGGAGAGAUGGAGAAGGCUCAUGGAGUACUACGUCAAAUGUUGCUCAGAGGACUCCAACCCACGAUAGUUACAUUCAAUGUUCUGAUGAAUGGCUUUUGUAUGUCAGGGAUGUUAGAAGAGGGUGAUAAACUGUUGAAGUGGAUGUUGGAGAAGGGUAUAAUGCCAAAUGCUACUACGUACAAUUCUCUUAUGAAGCAGUAUAGUGUGCGAAAUGAUAUGCGUAUGACAUCAGAAGCUUAUAAGGGAAUGCUGGGCCAAAGAGUUGUACCAAAUGCCAAUACCUUUAACAUAUUGAUACGAGGACAUUGCAAAGCUAGAAAUAUGAAAGAGGCUUGGUUUUUGCACAAGGAAAUGAUCAAGAAGGGAUUCACUCCGACAUUAGAUACUUAUCAUGCACUCAUUAAAGGGUUUUUAAAGAGAAAAAAGUAUUCUGAGGCCAAAGAAAUAUUUGAAGAGAUGAGAAGAUAUGGUUUAUUGGCAGAUAAAGAACUUUACUCUGCCUUUGCUGAUAUGACCUAUGAACAAGGCAACUUUGAUUUGGCACUUGAGCUUUGUGAUGAAGCAGUAGAAAAAUGUUUUGCAGACAAGACUGAUAUACUUAGUAGGAAUGCAUGAUGGUUCUCUGACAUGUUUCUGCAUCCUGUUGCUGGUUAUCUUGUUGCUAAUUUUGAAACUAGUGAUAGAAAACCAGUUGUCUUGCUCCCCGUGAUGCUAAGACUUUUCAUGCUGUCGAGUCAGUUCAAGUCAUGUUACUCUUUUAAGUCAUCAUCUGAUCUUUUGAAGCAGGUAUUGUGGCUUGGAGUUCUACGGCAAUGAAGUACACCAUCAAACAUUGCCCAUAUAUCUGAGUAUUUGUGUAAAAGUAUCAGUAUAUUGUGCUUUUCUAAGCUUGGAAUAAAUGCCAAAAAGCACCGGAAGACUAGGAGAAGAUUCGUGAAAUGCAGUUGUUUUGAUAUGUGGAAGUAGUGGUUCAAGGAUUGCGUGAUUGUUCAACCUGGUUAUAUGAUAUUUAAUGGCCGUUUCUUGAUAUGUAUGAAAUUUUCAAUCAGGUCACAGAGUUUGCUAAUUAUGCCAUAGACCUGGUGGUAUCAGUUUCAGGAGAGUGCAAUAACUACAGGAUGAAGCUAGUCAAAAGCAGCAGACAGUAAAGAACAAGGACCGAGCAGAGAUUUGCUUUAGCAAUGUGACCAUCUGAAGGUGCAGAUGAACCUGGGCCCUCAGUAGUCCUUGCUGUCUCCAUCGAGCAAGUGUAGUUGCAGCGACUUGGGCGAACCACUCUGUAUACACCGGUGCUUGUUAAAACAUAGGUAUCCUUCCUGUUAUCCUGUCCAAAUGAGAAUAUGUAACCUAAUGCAGGCAAUUGACUGUUGGGCACUGAGCUGCAAUUGAGAGGGGAAUCAUCAGCACAACUGAAAGGUAUGCCUCUUGCUGUAAAGUUCCCACUGUUAUACGGAUUUUCUUGAGCUGCCCAGAAGUUCUUAGCAUACAAAUCUCCAUAGAGGGAUCAGUCUUGGAGCGAUAAACAUAGCCACCUGAUAUGGCUGCAGAUCCAAUGUCUUUAUUUACCUCAGAAUGGCUGUAUCCUAACACUGGGAAGAUGGGAUCCUCAAAAUUAUCAGCUGAAGCAUUUUUAAAGCGGAGAGGACCUUCAUACAUGCUCCAUCCAUAGUUUCCCCCUUUCGUGAUGAUGUCAACUUCUUCAUAAUCAUUCUGCAUGAUUACCCAUCAAAAGAAAAUAAAAAUAAUCAUUCUGCAUGAUUCAUAUGAUUGUCAGAAACUCAGCAUCGAGAUGUCAGGCAGCACGUUACAUCUGUAGAAAAGGUCUUAACGAACAGAGAUGUUAUAGCUCUCAACAAAAGUGAGAUUGUCAUUAAACCUGCCCAACAUCUGCACAGAUGAAGUAAGAAGGCCUUUCUGAAUCAAAGCUACAGCGCCAAGGGUCUCUCAGUCCUAGCGCCCAAAUUUCAGGCUGCAAAUCUUUAUCUAGUGAAUAAGGAUUGUCUUGAGGAACCGAAUAGUUUCCCCAAUGUCCAAGCUCUGAUAUUUCUUCUUGACCUGAUGGAAAAAUCGCCUAAUGUCACUCAAGAAAGUGCAACAGGGCAAUUUGCCUUUUUAGUUUCAAUUAUUGUAAAACAAAAACAAAAAAAUCAAAGUGCCCACUUGGAAUGUUAUCAAUAUCAAGCCUCAUUAUUUUUCCAA